UGUAAAAUACUCGUGACCUCCUCUCAAUUAUUAUUUAAACUCCAAUAACAUCAAUAUUUAGUUAAUUCAUGCUAAAUAUGAUUGAUGUGGAACUAAUCAUUAUUUUAUUCAGUUUGCAUCGUAUUUGUUUUUAUUUUAUUGAAUAUUACUACGCACUCAGCCUCCCACACGAUUUAUGGCAAAUCACAAAAUGAAUUAAAUUAUCUUUCCAAGUAAACAUACAUACACUAAUAAUGGAAAUAGCAAAAACAGUUUUUGGAAUGAGACCUGGUGAUGGUUACACCGAUAAGGCAACCAAGGUGGAUACUCUAUCGGAGGAUGAGGAAGAUAUGGUUGAAGGUUUUACAGAAUGUGUGAGUGUGUCAACCACCUAUCCAUACAAGAGCUCGUCUGAGUUCAGCCCCACCCCAGGGGGACCAUUCUCUGCCCUCACCCCAUCUAUGUGGCCCCAGGACAUCAUGGUGAAACUCUCAAACCCGCCUGAGGAUAGCAAUGGGCAGCUUGAUUACCGGUAUGAUGAAUUUGGUUUCAAGGUGGAAGAAGAAGAUGGUCCUGAGGAGAACUCAAGUAAGCUGUUAAGCACGCCAUUUGUGGAGGACCCCAGUCACCGGCUCCGCUGGGUGGCAUACCUCGAGUUCACGCACAAUGAAGAGGUGGAGGACCUCACAUGGGAUAAGGUUGACAGCCGUCUCCAGAGGACAGAGAAGCUCCGCCAGAUGAACCGUGCGGGAAUCCCGCACUCUCUCAGGCCCCACAUGUGGAUACGCCUCUCCGGAGCUCUCGACAAGAAGCGCAAAUCAGAUCUGACAUACAAGGAUAUUGUUAAGGCCAGCUCUAGUGACCACCUAAUGACUUCUAAGCAAAUUGAGAAGGAUCUGUUACGGACAAUGCCGAGCAAUGCAUGCUACUGCAACAUCCACAGUACAGGAAUACCAAGGUUGAGACGGAUACUGCGAGGACUGGCGUGGCUUUACCCAGACAUAGGAUACUGUCAGGGCACUGGCGUGAUUGCGGCCUCCCUAUUGUUGUUCAUGGAAGAAGAGGACACAUUUUGGAUGAUGUGUGCCAUCAUUGAGGACCUGCUGCCUGCCUCUUACUACUCCAGCACCCUCCUUGGUAUACAGGCAGAUCAGAGAGUGUUACGACAGUUAAUCAUGAGCUACCUUCCUGACACAGACAUCGUCCUCAAGCAACAUGACAUAGAGCUAUCCCUGAUCAGCCUGCACUGGUUCCUGACACUGUUUGCAAGCGUCGUCCACAUGAAGGUGCUUCUCCGUCUCUGGGACCUUUUCUUCUACGAGGGAUCCACUGUUCUCUUCCAGGUUACCAUGGGCAUGCUCAGACUCAAGGAACCUGAGCUGAAGACAUUUGAUAACUCGGCUCAGAUUUUCAACGCCCUGUCUGAUGUUCCUGGGGAUGUACAAGAUGUCGAUGAACUGAUUGAGUUGGCAUACAGAGUGUGCGGGUCUCUCACAGAUAUUGUUGUGGACACCAGUCGCCGGAAACACCUUGCUUAUCUUAUGGCUGACCAGGGAGCCCUCGUCAAUCCGGAGUCUGCAAAAAACUUGCCAAAACAGCAACUGAAUCGUCGUCACCUGCGUCGGACCAAGUCUCUGGUAUCAUUGUUGUUGUGGGGGGAAGGAGAGGAUGACGAUGGGAAGGCAAAGAACAUUCGACAGACUGAGCUCCUUGUUGACCUGCGAGAGGCCAUACUGCAGGUGGCCAGACACUUCCAGUCCCUUGACCCUAAGAACACGAGAGUGACAUUACAAGCUGACUAUUCCAUGGAGAGCCAUGCCAAGGACCUGGAGAAUUAUGUGAAUGUGGCCAGGAACCGGCGACGCAGGGCCAAGGCUCUCCUGGACUUUGAGAGGCAUGACGAUGAUGAACUUGGCUUCAGGAAAAAUGAUGUCAUAACCAUAAUCUCUAUGAAAGAUGAACACUGUUGGGUGGGAGAGCUGAACGGCCUGCGGGGCUGGUUCCCUGCCAAGUUUGUUGAGCUGCUGGAUGAGCGCAGCAAGAGUUACUCCCUUGCUGGGGAUGACGGCGUGUCAGAGGCCAUCACCGACCUCGUCAGGGGAACGUUGUGCCCGGCAUUGAAAGCAGUAUUUGAACACGGUCUAAAGAGACACUCUUUACUGGGCAGUAUUUGUCACCCAUGGCUCUUCAUUGAAGAGGCAGCAUCUCAUGAGGUUGAAAAGGACUUCCAGUCAGUCUACUCCAGAUUAGUGCUGUGUAAAACAUUCAGACUGGAUGAGGAUGGGAAGGUCCUUACCCCAGAAGAGAUUCUGUACAGGGCUGUCCAAGCCGUGAAUAUUUCCCAUGAUGCCGUGCAUGCCCAGAUGGACGUCAAACUCAGAUCCCUCAUGUGUUGUGGUCUCAAUGAGCAGGUGUUACACCUGUGGCUGGAGACCUUGUGUUCAUGUACGGAGGUUGUGGAGAAGUGGUACCACCCAUGGUCAUUCAUGCGCAGCCCCGGCUGGGUACAGAUCAAGUGUGAACUCAGAGCUCUAGCAAAGUUUAGUUUCAACCUGGAGUACACAUACGAGCUGAUCAAGAAGAGUAACCCAGAGCGGGCCAUCACUGACUCUGUCAAAGACAUACUUAUAACACACCAUCUCUUCUCCUGGGAAAUGUGAUACAUGCUAACUCUAUACCUUAGUUUUUUUCUAUUGUCUCUCUGGUUGUUGGAGAUAAAGAAGUUUUUCAAUGUGCAUUUUAAUUUUUCUUCAUUUGCAUUUAUUGUAGAGCUAAAUUUUAUUUAUUUUACUAUAGCAAUUUGGUUGUGUUCAUUUAAAAAACUGUUUUUCACCUACAUUUUAUUUAAGUUUGAUUGUUGUAUUCUCAUGACCUUCAUGCCUUUCAUGACAGAUAGGGCUACAUGUAGGGUAGAAGAGGUCUCGAGUUUGACAUGAUAUAACAUAAUAUUUUUCUUGAUGCGUUUUAUCAUGUACGAAAUCCGUAGAUGGCUGCUGGCCAGUCACAUUGUUUUCUUGCAUUUUUCUUAAUUUUACUAAUAAAUGUGAUAUAAUCAACUACAGCACAACUGUAAAAACUACACUAUUGUGUUUAUCUGCCAUUUGUCAUAAUUACUGGAGAAUUAUUUAUUUUCAAGAGUUCUUCAGCAUAUUUUUUGUUAUGUUUUACCAAUUUGAAAAGCUUUAAAAUUCACUACCAAAUUAUUUAUUCUUUUAUGAAGCAAUUUAAGUGAAUUGAAUUCUUCUCUCUGUUUUUAAUUUACAGCCUGAUUAGUGAAUUGUUGUGAAAAUUAAACCAUCACAAAGUGUACAUAAAUGUGCCAGUCAGUCACCGCUUGAAGUAAACUAAACAUUUACAAGAUGGGCACUUCACAGAGUGUAUGUACCUUGCCAUCCUCUGGCUAUAAAUCAUAAGGCUGGUUGUCAAUAUACUGCAGGCUUUCUCCUUUGUGCAAUAAAAUCUCUGAAUGAGAAACGGGCCCACAAGCAAUAGAACAUAGAAUACCUUGCACAUGUGAAAGUCAUGAGUGUUCCUUUCAUUUUGCAUGAAAAGUGUGUGUGCGCUGAAUGAUGCUGUGAACAAAAAACACACAAACUCUUCCAUAAUGUAAACAGUGUGUUUUAAUUGUUUCCUUCAUUGAAUGCAUUUAAUGCCCUGUUAACAGUGCAAUAUUACGAUUGUGCCAGGUUUUUAUACAAAUAUCAUUGAUGAGAAUUAUUUCUGUACAGUAUCUAGAACAGACAACUCCGCACCAGCAAAGCUUGUUAACAUUUGUUUAUACAAUGGUCUGAGUAAAGAGUUUAAGUUUAUAAUACUUAAAAAAUAAUGUUUUUAUUUUUGAAAUCAAGAUUCGCUCUGUAAUACCUAUUUUAAUUUCUUCCACAUUUCUUUUUGUUGGUGCAAAAUCAACCUUUUUAUGUUCUAGCAUGUUAACCAUGUCCAAUUUUGUUUUGUUUGCUACUGGUUAUAUUUACUUCUAGAGGAGAUUGACACUAUUUACAUUCUGUUUUGUUACUUUGAAACCUCGUUUUCGAUCUGAUCUGUUUUACAUGUAUUUAUGUUAAGCAUUUUUUUUUUUUUUUGCCUAAUGGAUAUGUUGGUUUUGUAGUACUUGUAGAAUUCCAGCUUUACUUUUCAUUUGUUAUAACAUUUUUUCCUUACUUAUUAUUCCUUUGUUAUGGUGGAAAUAAAGUCUAUAGAUGUUG